UUCUGGCCCGGGAUAUCGAUCUUGCCAAGCGAGGCCUUACGGCGAGCGGUCGUGGCUUAUAGUCGAACGAAGCCAUGUGAUAUGCUGAUCGGGUUCGUUUCUUGCCGCAAGAGGACUCCGCCGGUUUCCUUAGCACUCGCUACUACCUCUUCAGGUCUUAUUACCCGUGUCUUUGUGGCAUGUGUCUGUGUUUCUGCGAGCUCGAUUCGAUAGAUAAGUUUCGCCUGAAAUCGCCUGUUUGCGUGUUAAUGAUGGUGAUAGCUCAGCAAAAGUCGCCGAUUUUCAGAAUAGAUUUUUCAAGUACGCGCCAGCAAGAUGUCCAGCCAUACGGACUCAGUAGUCUACAGACUCACCAUCCUUGAUUUGAUUGCAAGGCAUAUCCACAGCCACCCAGAUGCAGAGGCGAUCUGCUCUUCUAACGACUCCAUGUCGUACUAUACCCUCGAUAAUGAUUCGCGGAUCUUCGCAUACCACCUAGUGUCACAUGGAGUACACUCGGAAGUUAUAGUGCCUAUCUGUUUCGAAAAGUCGAUAUGGACAGUGGUCGCAAUACUUGCCGUUCUCAGGGCAGGGGGUGCUUUCGUUCUCCUUGACCCCGCUCAUCCCACCGAGAGACUGGAGACGAUCAUUCGUAAAUCCAAAGCGAAGGUCGCCGUCACCUCGCGUUCUCAGCAAGGCCGAAUCGCUGACCUGGGCGUACAAGCAUUAUGCUUAGACAAGCUUGCCCUUGGCCAACUGGAAUUGGCUGAGAGUGGUCCGCUACCACCUGUGACGGCAACCAGUGCGGCAUACGUGGUGUACACGAGUGGGAGCACAGGACAACCCAAGGGCGUGGUCGUCGAGCACGGUUCAUUCUGUGCCGGGGCGGUAGGACAUGCGCACGCGAUGCAUAUGGACGCGUCGUCACGCGUUCUCCAGUUCGCAUCGUAUAACUUUGACGCGUCUAUUACUGAGAUGCUGACGACUCUCGUCGUCGGUGGGACAAUAUGCGUCAUCGCAGAAUCGGAUCGGCUGGACUCCAUCGCCUUUACUGCUGCGGUGACGAAAAUGGGCGCGACCUUUGCGCUGCUGACCGCAUCCUUCAUCGAUACGUUGCCCGUUGGCGGGCUGAAAAGCCUAAAGACUCUUGUCCAAGGUGGUGAAGCCUUACCGCAAGGAGUGCUGGAGAAAUGGGCUGACAGAAUUACGUUGAUGAAUGCCUACGGCCAAGUUGAGGCUUCCGUGGUUUCCACAUGCACUCCACCGAUACCUCGCGGUUCGAGUGGGAGUAACAUAGGAAAGGCCGUCGUGGGACGUUGUUGGGUGGUAGACCCGGACGACCCCAACAGGAGAAUGCGACAAGGAGAGGCCGGAGAGCUUCUCGUCGAAGGGCCGCAUGUCGCUAGGGGCUACUUGGACGAUCCAAAGAAGACCCAGCAGUCGUUCAUCAGUAGGCCUACUUGGCACACGCAACUUUUCCCGGCGGAACACGACGUCCAAGCUCUUCGCUUUUACAAGACAGGCGAUCUUGUCGUCGAAGAAGCGGACGGCAGCUUUGCCUUUGCUGGCAGAAAGGACGAGCAAGUCAAGGUUAAUGGCCAGCGGAUCGAAUUGGGGGAAAUCGAACACCAAUUCAAGCGCGUGAUGAAUUCCGCGCGAGAUCUCGUGGUCGAACUGGUGAAAAGGAAAACCAGCGGCGGCUACCGUGGCAUUCUAGUUGGCUUUGUUGCCCUGAACCUCGACUGGACUGAUAAUGAUGACGCGGCUAACAGGCGACUACUGGACUCAGAAAUGGGUCCCUUAGCGAAGCAGGUCAAUAAUGUUCUUCCCAAUUAUAUGAUGCCCGCUUCGUUUGUACCUGUCCGGCGCAUCCCAAUCUCUAUCAAUGGCAAGAUUGACCGCAAGGCCCUCCGAGCUUUAGGUGAAGCUCAUUUCUCAGGGAGACAAAACCAGACGGAAUUGCCGGGGCCUAAGCGCUCUGCUCUCAGUCAAGUCGAGCAGAAACUCCGAAAGAUUUGGAGCAGAGUAUUGAAUGUGAGAGAGGCGGACAUCGAUCGGACUAGCAUCUUCCAGACCCUUGGCGGCGACUCCAUCUCCGCGAUGCAAGUUGUAUCGCAGGCCGCCACGGAUGGUUUACGGGUUACAGCACAGCGUAUUCUUCAACGGAAGACUAUCGAAGCUCUAGCCUCUGACAUGAUGGUUAAACCGAAUACGCAGAGGGUUGAGGCAGAAGAAGAAGAAUACGUGGAGGAGCCCUUCGGUUUAUCCCCGAUUCAACGGCUAUUCUUUGCGCUGUCACCCGAGGGCAACAAUCACAACAACAUCAGUUUCCUGCUUCGUAUUAAUCGUACGAUCGAACAAGAUGCUAUUGAAAGCGCUGUUGGCGCAGUAGUAUCAAGGAAUGCCAUGCUACGAGCCAGGUUCCUUGAAUGGAAGCCGGGUAGUUGGCUUCAAUACGUCUCAACCGAUGUUUCGGGGUCUUACCGCAUAACUACUCACGAGCUCGACAACUUGAGAUCAGAUCCGAUGCCAAUUAUAAGAAAGUCCCAGAGAAGCAUCAGCAUUAAGGACGGCCCUCUCCUUCGCGUCGAUCUCAUAACAACUCGGCAGGAACAAGUUCGUCUCCUAUUCAUAUGCGCUCACCACCUCGUCACCGACUUCGUAUCUUGGCGCAUCAUCCUACAACAGCUUGAAGAGUAUAUCCAGACGGGAAAGAUAGUAUCUCCAAAAAGUUAUCCUUUUCAAAAUUGGUGCCGAGAACAGGAGAGGCAGAUUCGACAUUCACAUUCCCAACAGCAGUCAUCUGCACCAUCCAUGCCCGACUACAACUUUUGGGGUAUGCAAGGGACGCCAAAUACGUAUGGGGAUUCGGUCACUAAGACGAUCGUAUUGGAUAAAGCACUUUCGUCCGAGAUACUAAGUUCAGCACAUAAAGACGCCCUCCAGGUCGAGGUAGUCGAUAUGAUACUCUCCGCGGUUAUGUAUUCUUUUCAGAAGAUCUUCUACGAGAGACAGUUACCACCAUUCUUUGUGGAAGGGCAUGGCCGAGAGCCGUUCUGGGACGAUAGCAUAGAUUUGUCCUCGACAAUGGGCUGGUUUACAACUAUCCUUCCGAUAAUACUAUCUCGCGGAGAUUGUAACGACCCCUUGGAAGCGCUUCGGCAAGUGAAAAGCCAACGUGCGAAGUUUUCCGAUAACGGGUUGGCUCAGUUCGCGGCCAACCUUUACAGCCAGAAGCGAGACCAGAGCGGCAUCAAAUACUCCUCCAUGGAGGUGACGUUCAACUAUGCCGGCAUUUACCAGCAACUCGAGCGCCAGGGCAGCCUCUUCUCCGAAGUGACAGAACACACACUUAUGAACCUGGACGGAUUUGGAGAAUCGUUGCCGCGGUUCGGCCUCAUCGAAGUAUUGGGCAAUGUCCACCACGGGCAUAUUAAGUUGUCGUUCACCUUCAACAAAAGGAUGCAACACCAAGAUCGUAUUAGCUUGUGGAUCGAAGAGUGUCAGCGGACUCUUCAAGUGACAACCUCCCAUCUGAAUCCCUCCUGGCGCGACUUCCCACUCCUAGGGGCACCUUCGUCAGCUGAUAUCCAGAAUGCAUUGUCAACGAUGGAACUUCGGAUAGAGGAUGUCGAGGAUAUUUACCCGUGUUCUCCGAUGCAGAACGGCAUGCUCAUCAGUCGUGUCACUGAAAGAGGGAGCUACCUGUCUCAGCUCUAUCUGGAAAUCAGGUCGAACAGUGCACCUAUUGAUGUUGGUCGUCUUAAAAGUGCUUGGCAAGCUGUGGUAGACCACCACGCUGCGCUGAGAACGUUGUUGAUGGAAAGCGUCAGGGGCGACGGGAGUUUUGAUCAAGUGGUGCUACGCCGAUCUGAAGCGGCCAUCACGCAGGUUGAUGACCGUCUUGAGGAGCAGUUUGUUGCCUCUUGGCCCUUGAAUAGACCCCAGCACCAUCUAUUCUUGAGAUUUGAAUCUCCUUCGCAUCUCCUCUUACGCUUGGAUAUCAGCCAUGUUUUGAUCGACGGGAACUCUACUGCAACCCUGUUGCGAGACCUUCAGCGAGCCUACGAUAGUCCUAGGAUCCUCACCCUUGAGCCGCACCCAUUAUACAGCCUCUACAUCAAGCAUACCUCGAGUCAUUCCCCAAACCAUUCCCUGGAUUACUGGAGGCGGCACUUGUCUGGCUGCCACCCUUGUAUUCUUCCGGAGUCGGGCGAUUCGAAAAAGGGGCGACUGGAAGUCGCCCAUGUGCCCACACUUGAUUCAAUGCAGACGAUGAACUUCUGCCGAAAGAACGGUAUUACGGUCUCAGACCUGCUUAAGACAGCCUGGGCUAUCGUAUUGCAUUGGUAUACGGGAUCAACCAGCCCCGUGUUCGGGUCGCUGAGCACCACCCGAGGCGAGGAGCACGAGAAGACGGUCGGCGUGUUCAGUAAUAUACAGCCGUUCUCUGUCAAAAUCGGCCCUGAUUCGACAAUUCUGAGGGUGCUGGAAAGUGUGCAGAGCGAUAGCAUAGAGCAAAUGGCCCAUAACGAGUGCUCUCUUGCCGACAUAAUGAAUGUGGUAGACAUGAAGGACGCACCACGGACUGGACUGUUCAAUACGGCCAUGUCGCUGCAGAAGUUGGCUCCCAUCCACCAUGACAGCAGCAUAGACAUCAAGAUAACCCGCGAAAUUGAUCCGACAGAGUUUGCGGCGACAUUCCUGGCCUACGUUAGCAACUCGAGCAUCGAGCUUUCAAUCCAACAUUGGACCUCUAAGUUGUCGACGGAGCAGGCGAGUAACAUUGCAGCCACAUUGUCAACGGUGGUGCAAACCAUGAUUAGGAACCCAGACUCGACUGUCAAGAACCUGAAUGUCAUCAGUGAGAGAGAUUGGUCUCGUCUAGGCCGAUGGAACGCAAGACUAAACUCGUGUGCUCCCGUCAAUGCUUGCAUCCACCAACUUGUCAAGGAUGUUAGCAUGAAGCAGCCGAAAUCGCUAGCUGUCGAUGGCUGGGACGGCAAGUUGACAUACGAGGAGCUCGACUGUUUGUCUUCCAAGCUCGCGGGUCACCUUCAUCACCUAGGCGUUCGCCCCGAGUCCAAGGUCCCGGUGUGUAUGGAGAAGUCUGUUUGGACUAUUGUUGGCAUGCUCUCCGUACUGAAGGCCGGGGGAGCAUUCGUCCCCUUCGAUCCGGAAGCGCCGCUCGCACGGAUGCUGAAGCUCAUAGGGGACCUCUCGGCGAGCCUUGUAAUUGCAAGCCCGAAGACGGCUCACCGGCUACAGGAUCACACAACUCAGGUCGUAUUAUCACUUGAGUUUAUACUAAAUCUUCCCGAGCGGAGUUUUCAGGCGGCUGUCAGCCCUGAAAAUUUGGCAUAUGUCAUGUUCACCUCAGGCUCGACGGGGGAGCCUAAAGGAAUUAUGAUGCAGCACUCACAGAUACUGGCCAGCUCUGCCCAGUAUUGCCAAAUGCUCGGUCUCGAUGAGCAGUCGUGUGUGUUGCAAUUCUCGGCUUAUACAUUUGACGCCAGCAUUUUCGAGAUAUGGAGCACGCUUAUUUCGGGAGGCCGCGUAUGCCAGAUAUCUGAGGAACAGCGUAUGGACGACGUCGAGGGUGCGAUAGGCAGCCUUUCCCCCAAUACCAUGUUCAUGACGCCUGCGAUGCUAGGCUUAAUGCAGCCCCAUAAGAUACCCAGCAUCCGCACCGUCGUGACAGGCGGCGAGGUGAUCCCCCAGAGCGUCCUCAGCACCUGGGCGCCCGCCGUGCGUCUCAUCGAAGCGUACGGACCGACGGAGACCGCCGUAUUUGCCACUUUCCAGAUGGACCUCAGUACGGAUUCGGAUAGGCUAUGUAUCGGACAGAGCUUCUGUUGCCGAGCCUGGGUAGUUGAUGCGGAGUCACUGAACCUCGUCCCUAUCGGGGCGGCUGGCGAACUGUGGCUCGAGGGCCCUAGCCUGGCCCGCGGAUACCUGAACGCCGAAAAGCAAACUGCUGAGAGCUUCGUUUACCACGAGAACUGGUUGGAACCUGGUAAAACCUGUCGGUUCUACCGCACCGGUGACUUGGUGCGGAUGAAAACGGAUGGUAGCCUCCAAUUCGUCGGCCGCAAGGAUUCGCAAGUAAAGAUUAGGGGCCAACGUAUCGAGUUGUCGGAGGUAGAGCAUCAGGCUUCGCUUGCCCUCGAAUAUCGCACACCAGUUGCAGCUGUCACGGUAAAUUCCCUGCUUGCUCUCCUCGUCGAGGUAGGAAGUGUUUCCGACCAACACGCCUCCUCAACCGUCUCACUACUACAAGCCGAGCUUCCCGAGCGCCUACCACGAUUUAUGGUUCCGUCAAUAAUCCUACUAACCUCUGAUUCCUUUCCACGACUGUCUUCGGGAAAGCUGGACAGAAAGUCGCUGCAAGUAAUGGCGACGAGACUCAGGGAAGAGCAGCGCCUGAAGAGAAUGGCGAAACGGGCCGACGAGCCUUUGCAGGAUCACAAGCUUAUCAAGGCCGUCGCAUCAGUGCUCAAACUUGAGUCUUCCCAGAUAAAACUGAGCGAUAACUUCUACCAGCUCGGCGGAAAUUCGAUAUUAGCGAUGAGACUGGUGGCUGCUACGAGAGCCGAGGGCCUUCGCCUCACCGUCGCCUCAGCUUUGAAGAACCCUGUGUUGCGUGACAUGGAGAAGACACUGGUUCCUAUCGCACAGGAGGCAUCCACGACGACUGAUAUACCGCCAUUCGGUCUUCUAAAGGACCACGUGGAAUUGAUCCGAACGGAGGCCGUCAAAGCCUUCAAUCUACAGUCAGAAGAUGAAAUCGAAGACAUAUACCCGGCUACGCCUAUGCAAGAGGCCCUUAUUGUAGAAUCAUCCAAGAACCCUUUGGCUUACGUGGCUCAGCAUGUGGUCGAACUUCCUUCGGAUCCUGACUUUAGCCUCCCGAGGUUUCGCGCAGCUUGGGAAAGGUGUGUCGAGCAAUAUCAUAUCCUACGUACACGCAUCUUCCAGUCUGUGCAAACGAGGCCGCCUCGCCCGAUGCAGGUCGUUAUGCGUGGAGUCUCGGUGAACUGGGAGUACGGCGACGAUUUGCAGUCUCACCUAGAGAACAUUGCGUACACACCAGGGGAGUCCGUCAAUGUGGUCGCAAUAAUCCACGACAGUAAUUUGAAAGCUCGGUACUUCGUCUGGGUGGCCCAUCACAGCCUGUACGAUGGAUUCUCGCUUAGCGCGUUACUACAGAGAGUCCACGAUCUCUACAGCGGAAAUACGCAGGUACCCAAGACAAUACCCUUCAAAAAUUACGUCAAAUACGCCAACGAAGUUCAGGAUUCUAGAGCUGCGAUGGAAUUUUGGAGGUCCUACCUGGCCGGCGCUUCACCCUCUUCUUACCCCCCUGUCCGAGCUGGGGCCAAGGCAGACAGCACACUGGACUUCCAAAUACAUCUCCCGGAACAGAGCGAAAUAGAAGUCACUCUAACGACUAUUCUACGAGUAGCUUGGGCGUUGACGAUCGCCACAUGUAACGACGAGGCAGAGGAUAUUGUGUUCGGAGGCAUUGUGAGCGGCAGGAAUGCGCCGCUGGAUGGCGCCGACACGGUCAUGGGGCCUACCAUCACCGCUACUCCUGUGCGAGUGACAUUCAGUUCCGGUGAACUAGCACGCGAAGUUCUCCUGCGAGUCCAGAAACAGGCAUUUGCCAUGAUUCCACACGAGGUGCUAUCCCCACGGAACAUUCGCGCACUCUCGCCAGAUGCGGCCAGGGCCUCGUCAUUUGGCAGUCUGCUUGUUGUUCAGCCACCGUUGGAAGCUAGCAUGCCAUACAAGGUCCAGUCCAACGCCGUUGACGUUUACGGCUCCUUUUCGUACCCUCUGAAUAUCGUUUGCACCUUGGUCGAUAAAAGUACCGUCAAGGUAGAUGUCACAUACGCGUCGGCGGCCCUUGAAUCUUCCCACGUUGAGCAGCUGAUGGACCAGUUCGACUACAUCACGCGAAGCCUUGUUGACGAUAGGGGAGAUCUGGUGGUCGGAAAUAUUGGCUCGAUGAGCUCCGCCUCCCCAUCUAGUACCCCCGGCCCCGUAUCAACUCGCGGCAGCUCACCCGACAUUGCGCCCCUGACACCGAUGGAAAUUCAACUGCGGAUAUUCUGGGCUGAACUGCUGGAACACAAAGAGCCAGAGAGUAUUGGAUCAUCGAACAACUUCAUAGAAUUGGGCGGGGAUUCUAUCACGGCCAUGCAGCUUUCGGGGAUUGCCCGGCGACAGGGCUACGCGCUCCAAGUGCCCGACAUUCUUCAUAAUCCGAUACUGAGAGACAUGGCCGUCUGCAUGGCCGUUCUUGAUGGGCCCGGGGAGAAAACCCAGAUCCCACCUUUCUCACUACUUCCAACUUCCACACCCCGGGACGAGUUCCUCCCCUUGGCUGCCGCCGAUAUAUCUGUGCUAAUAGACAGUAUAGAGGACAUGUACCCCUGCACGCCACUACAGGAAGGGCUCAUGGCGACGUCAAGCUCACGCCCCGGCGCAUACAUCGCACGACUGGUAGUGGAUAUGAAGCUUCGCGAUAUCGAAAGCUACAAGGCCGCAUGGGAAUCUGUCGUCACGUCUCAUCCGAUACUCCGCACGAGAAUCGUCCAUCUCGGAACCGCCGGAAUGGUCCAGGUCGUAUUGAAACCCUCACUACCAUCGAUCGACUGGAGAACAAGCACGAACAUAGACGACUACAUCAAGGAAGACCAAGACAAACCGAUGGGCUUCGGAGAUUCCUUGACUAGAUACGGAAUCGUCGUCACCGGAAACGAUGUGAAAUUCAUAUGGACUGCCCAUCAUGCCAUUUACGAUGGCGCCACCGUUGCUCUGCUGUCGGAAGCUGUCCACAACGCUCAUACCGGGAAAUAUAUGGAGGAGCCGCCUAAGUUUAACAGAUUCGUAGAGUAUUUAACCAAACUCGACACAGAUGGAUCCGAUGAGUUUUGGAAGAGGACCCUGGCCGGUUCUAAGUCGAUGCCGUUUCCUCUGGUGUUGUCACUAGACCACGCAUCCCAAGCCAACCACGUGGUUGAAAGACGAGUCAUCCUGGGGCGAAAGAAACCGGCCGGUAUCACCAUGGCAAGCUUACUUCAGACGGCCUGGGCAUUCGUACUGGCUAGGUAUUCGGGUUCCGACGACGUGGUACUUGGAGUUGUGCAGUCGGGGCGCCUCGUCCCGGUACCAGACAUCGACCGCAUGCCCGGACCCGUGAUCACCACCGUGCCCCUAUUUAUCCGCCUCGACCGCACACAGACACUAACCAGCCUGCUCUACCAGGUCCAAAGCGCAACUAAUGAAUUAAUACCCCAUUGCCAUCGAGGGCUGCAGAACAUCCGGGAAGUUAGCGACGAUGCUAGACAGGCGUGCGACUUCCGCUCGCUACUCACAAUCUUCCCUCAAGAAACAGAAUGUCUUGCCGAAUUCGACCUGCGGAGAGCGCUCUCUCUCACAAGUGACGCGGCUGACUUUCACAAUUACCCGCUCGCCUUGGAGUGCGCUUUCACGGAGUCCGAUAUCCGGCUCACGGCAACACACGACACCAGCGUCAUCGAGCCGCGCCAGAUGGACUGGAUGCUUCAGCAGCUCGACAAUGUCCUGCAACAAUUGGUCUCAGUGGACAUCGCACUCAAGCCUGUCGCGCGGAUGGAGCUAUUGACGCGGCAAGAUUAUGAUAGACUCUACGGCUGGGGUAGGAAUGCUCUCGCGAGAGACCAAGCCAAUUGCCCGUCAGCCUGGGUUGUCGACUUGCGCUACGACGACUGGCUUGCUCCCACCGGGGUGGUUGGAGAGCUCGUGGUCGAAGAGCGCGUAGAGCCGUACAAGAACGGGAUCGCAAGCACCCCGAGGUGGCUUGAGAGAUUUGGCCUCCGCAACAGACAUACGAUCAGGACUGGCCAACUUGCUCGGUUCAACUGUGACGGGUCAUUAGAGAUCAUCGGCCCAAAGUCGACACUCGUAGAAUCCAACGGCCGUCGUUUUAUUGCCAGAGAUAUCGAGCAGCUCGCGAGCAAAUUCUUACGGAAUAUGGACGUCUCCAUCCAAGUGGUCAAAGGAGGCGAUGGGUCGGGAAGGGACUCACUUAUCGCCUCCGUGGCGUGGGAGCUCGGACAGACGGACAACGAAUCGGCGCAGAAGUCCUCGGAAGUGUUACUGCGAACCGUCGGAGACAGGCUUAAACGCGUGUUGCCCUCAUUCAUGGUGCCCAGCACGUUUGUUCCGAUGCGUCGCUUCCAUUCACCAACCAGCGACAACACCGACUCGACAAAGGAAGCUGACCUUGCAACCGCCUUCAUCCUAGAAAAUGUCGCCGAGGAUUUGACCAAAACCGGUAAUGCAGAUUCUGCCGAGAUAGAACGCUGCCUUCUCCCGCUAUGCGAAUCAAUCCUUGGUCUUGAAGGUAUGAUUGGGGAUGAUAACUUCCUCAACCUCGGAGGCGACUCCCUAGAUGCGAUGAAACUAGUCGCGGCAGCUCGACACCAAGGCAUCAUACUCACCGUCAGAGACAUAUUCGACAACGCCAUCAUAUCAAGGAUCUCAGAGGUCGCGAAAUUCCGUCCGAAGUCUGAGGUCGUUCUUCCACCAUUCUCUAUCAUCGGCGACAACGUGGACGAGGCGGUCGCGGAAGUAGCCGCAUAUUGUCACAUCGAGAGGGAGCUGAUCGAGGAUGUAUAUCCAAGCACACCUCUUCAAGAGGGGCUCAUGGCUUUGUCUAACAUGGAGAGAGGCGCCUACAUCGCAGAAUAUAUCGUCCCUGUACCGGACGCGGAGGCGGCUAAAGCGGCCUGGGUGUCCCUUGUCACAGCCACCCCUAUUCUCCGUACUCGUAUCGUCCAAACGGACAAAUGGGGAUGUCUACAAGUUGUCGUCGAGAAGAACGCUGAUACCGAGGUCGGAUCAGCGAGAAGCCUUGACGAGUACCUCGUGCACGCACGGAAAGACGUCAUGCUACCCGGACAGAGGCUCGCCAAGGCCAGUAUCGUGACUGAAGGAAACACAAGCUACCUCGUCCUCUUCGUACACCAUGCCCUUUUCGAUGGUUGGUCCUGGGGCAUGCUCCUCGAUCGACUCUACGCACAUUACCAGGGUUUGCCCUUGAGUCCGGCACAACCUUACAACCGAUUCAUUCAUUACCUUCACAAGACUCUUGACUCCAAGGCAUCCGAGGACUUCUGGCGCUCAUACCUCGAAGGCGCAAACCCAGCCCCUUUCCCGCCAACGUCAAAACAUAUUGAACCCCUACCCGAGGCUCACGAGAGCCGCCGCAUCCGUCUAGACAGGCCGAAAACCCACGCUCACACUACAACUACCAUUAUACAGGCCGCUUGGGCCCUACUCGUAGGCCACUACACGGCUUCCGAAGAUGCCGUAUUCGGGGCCACGCUCUCGGGCAGAACAGUGCCGCUCGACGGCGUUCAAGACAUAAUCGGCCCGACCUUUGCCACGAUCCCUAUGCGAUUCCGUCUCAACGGCGCCAGGUCGGUGUCUGAGCUGCUCGACACAGCGCAGAGCGUCAGCAUGAGCCCGAUGCAGCACUUCGGGCUGCAGCGCAUACGGCAGAUCAGCGCCAGCACGCGGGCCGCCUGCGAAUUCGGCAGCCUGCUCGUCGUCCAGCCCGCCAGCAGCGAUGACAGCUCGGAGAACUUCUUCCUGCGCGGGAAUGACUCGAAGCUCGUGUCCGGCUUUACCAAUUACGGCACCAUCCUGCUCUGCCAAAUGCUCCCCGACUCCAGCAUCGACGCCAGUAUCGUGUUCGACUCGAGAGUCGUAAGCCAGCGGUGGGCCAAAUGUCUCCUCGGCCGAUUCGACCGCGUGUUGCAACAGCUCUGCGGCGAUGCCGAUAUUGCGAUUGGCAGCGUGGAUUACUACAUCCCAGAUGACCCCGACGGAGAGACCCUGAAGAUAGUCGAACCAGAGGAUACCCCAAGCGCGAUACCGAUUCCAGAAUCGCCGGAAGAAGCAGCGCAACCUAAGGGCUCUACGAAGCAGAUCCUGGUGUCCCUGUGGGCCCGGGUGCUGGAUGUCGGGGUUAGCCAGAUCACAGACGAUAUCACGUUUGCCGAGCUGGGCGGCGACUCGAUCACAGCGAUGAAACUGUCGUCGAAGGCACGCCGCGCCGGCAUCGCGCUCAGCGUCGCUGACAUCAUGAAGCGGUCGCGCUUCGCCGACGUGGCCGCGGCGUGCCGGCCGCUCACCGAGACCGCCGAGGUGUCUGAGUACGAGUACCAACCAUUCAUGACGUUCAGCCCGGAAGCCGGAAUCGACCAGUUCCUCCGGGAGGCCGUUGGAGCGGGCCAGGACGAGAUCGAAGACAUCAUUGAGGCGACGUCCACGCAGAAGGGCAUGAACACAUCGGCCACUUCGCAGCACGGCGGCAGCAUCAACCACGUGUGGUUGGACUUCCGCGGGCCCGUCGACGCCUACAAGUUGAAGGCGGCGUGCUCAGUCAUCGUAGCCCGUCACAGCAUCCUGCGUACAGUAUUCGUCCCGCACGGCGAGAAGCUAAUGCAAGUCGUCUUCCGCCAGCACACACCGCAAUGGAUCGACGUCUACGCCGACGCCGACCAAACCAUCGAGACCACCACUGCCGCCAUUCUCGCCAGGAGCCAGCACGAGCCCGAGCGGCACGGGCGGCACGGCCUGCGGUUCAGCUUCGUGUCCGGACCCGCCGACGAGAGCCGCCUGGUCGUUCGCAUCCCGCACGCCCUGUACGACGGGAUCAGCAUGCCACUCAUACUAGAAGACCUCCGUGUGGCAUACGAGGGCCAGCCACUGCCCGCGGCGCCGCCGAGCUUUGCGGCGCACCUGCACGCGCGACGGCGUCUGGUGGCCGCGGGCGACACCGAGGCAUACUGGCGCGAGCACCUGCGGGGGUCGCGGAUGACGCGACUGGUCCGCCGCACGAGCGCUGCCGCCGCCAACGUCGACCAGCACCUAACACGUUCGUUCUCUGUCGCCGGCGCUGGCUACAGCAAGUACGCGCUGGAGACGGUGCUGCACGCGGCGUGGGCGCUGGUGCUUGGGCGCCUGUCAGGUACUGCCGACGUCGUGUUUGCGCGCGUGGCGGCCAGCCGCGACGUGCCGCUGGCGGGGGCGCUCUCGGUGUGCGGCCCGACGGUCAACACGGUGCCAGUGCGGGUGCGGCUGGGGCGCGGCGCGGCGACGCGCCACGAGCUGCUGGCGGCAGUCGAGGACGACCGCCUCGCGGGCCUCCGGCACGAGCACCUCGAGACGGAGCAGCUCGUCGCGAAGUGCUGCGACGCGGGGUGGGCCGGCGGCAGCGACACCGACGACAAGGCCGCGCCGCUGAGGUUCGGCAGCCUGCUCCUCUACAACAACCUCGACGCGGCGCAGACCUUCGAGCGCGGCGAGAUGGGCGCCUGGCGCGGCGCCGAGUGCCGCAUCGGUGCCGCGGCGCGACCGUGGGACGCGGCGGACGUCCAGCUCGCGGUCAUGCCCGAAGGGCCAGCCGGCGAACGCGCGCGGGUGGACUUCGUCUUCGCGGGGUCGGUGAUCUCGCGGGACGCUGUCGCUACCAUGAUGGAGAUGUUCUGCCAGAAUGUAGAGAUGCUGGCUGCUGAGGAGGACGGGGAGAUUGAGGGUUUGGACGGAUUUGGGGCUUGA